CUUUAUUAUUUCCUGGUAUAUGGAUCAGUACUCAAGCUGUUUGUGCUGUUUUGUGCUGUUUUGCGCACUCUUGCAAUUUGACCGUUUUUGCAACUUCAACUUUUAAAAGCCGUUAAGUUUCAAAUUAUUUAAACAUCGAUUCCCAAUUAAACACUUCGAACUCAUGCAACAAAAAAUAAUUCUAAUAAUUAUGACAAAUGAAUAAUCCGUGAUCCUUGUAAACUCGCAUGCGUCUCUAUCAGCACGAUGGUAGAAGAGGUCAUUAGUCCCUUUAAUAAACCAAAGAGUAAAACAGCGAGGCCUAGACCAGUUUAUUUGUGGAAUGUACUCGAUGUUCAGAAAUGGCUGCGCCGACAUUGCAGUGACUAUUAUCAAUUAUAUCAUGAGAAAUUUUUAUAUCACGAUAUUACUGGAAGAGCACUUCUAAGAAUAAAUGAGAACAUCCUUUUAAGACUCGGAAUUGAUAACGAAGAGCAUCGAAUGGAUAUAUGGAGAGAAAUUAUGAAGUUACACUUGAAAACUGAUAUUUUAGAAAUUAGAGAUAUCGAACGACGUAACAAUACCAACUACGAAUGAUACAAUAUGGAAUAUCUCAUUUUUGUAUAUUACCAAGUCAUGGUUUAAUUGCUUUUCCAAGCAUUUUCAAUUCAUAACAUGAUACUACUACUAAGAUAACAGAUAAUGCAAUAAUUUUAUAAAUUAAUUUUUUAGACAGUAGUAUAACGGUUAGAUUACCCAAAUGAAUCACUUGUACAAUAAAAUGAAAUAAAUAAGCUUUUAAUGUAAAUACCACAGUA